UUCCAGGGGGCGGACACUGGCGUUGGCUGCGGGCAGGCACCGUACAUCUGGCGGUUGCCAUGAGCGACGCGGCCCGCGCCCCGGCAAACGGUCGAGAUUAGUAAAUAUUGAGAAUAAAACUAAAGAUCGCCGCCGGACAGAGCUCGCUUUCAUCGCCGAGCGGCCGCUUCCACUGUUCUGACAUGGCUUUGCCCACAAUCCCUUCUAGAUGGAACACCAGGAAUCGAGUGCUGGAACAGCAAAUCGUUCGUCAGCGGGAUCAGGAGGAACGUGUUCGCAUGCAGUGGGAACUCCAUCGUCAGUACUUCAAAACACACGAUGUGCGGAGCAGUAAACAGGCGCAGUGGAGCUCCAGACAAUCUUACCAGCAAAGUAUGUCGGCAUACCACAGAAAUCAGCAACAGCAGGAAAAAUUACAAAGCUUGGAGCAACGACGGCAAAAGCUGCAAAGUUUACUGAAAGAAGAACAAGACCUCUUUGAAGCAGAGCUCCGUGAUCUAAAGAUGGAUGCAGCCUGUUUUGUACAGGAAGCAAAAGAGAAGACUGAGGAAAUGAAAUCAGCGCGUGAAGAACGUAGAAAGAAGAUCGCUGAAGAGCUGUUGCAGGAACACUGGAAGAAGAACAAUAUCGAACUGCGUCAGGUCCAGUCAGAUUUGCACAAGAUGCAUGUGACAAACAGCUGGCAUUCACAGGUUACAGAGAAACGACAGCAAGAAGAGGUAGAGUUAGAAGAAAAGAAAAGAAUGGAGAAUCAAUACGAAAUUGCACGGAGGCUGGCCAUGGAACGCAUAAAGCGUGAAGAGGAGAGGAGAAAGCAGGAAGACAUGAAGCAGGCAGAGAUUCUGCACCAGCAAAUGGAGGAACUGCGUUUACGGGAAGUUGAGGCAAAGAAACUCAAGAUCGAACAGGAUAAAUUAUUGAAACAGCAAUGGGAGCUAGAGGAGCUUGAAGAGCAAAGGAAACAGUUAGAACAGCGUCGAAAGAAAUCCGAGUUGGGCCGGAUACUGAACCGCCAGUACAAGACCCAAAUGAGGAGGCGCGCUCAGCAGAUUCAGGAAGAAUUGGAGAUAGAUCGCCAACUUCUCGCAUCGCUCAUCGAAAAAGAGGAGGUUGACCAAAAACUGCAGUCGGCCAGGCGGGAACGGGCGAUUGCUGACGCAAACUGGAUGAAGAAAGUCAUUGAGGAGCAGCUGCAGUUGGAGAGGGAGCGAGAGGCAGAGGUGGACACCAUAUUCAGGGAGGAGGCCCAACGUAUGUGGCAGAAACGAGAGGAGGAGUGGGAGAGAGAGAGACAAGCACGAAUGCGCUUAAUGCAAGAGGUUCUUGUAGGCCGACAGCGGCAAAUCAUGGAGAGAAUCGAGACGAAUCGACGCGCUCAGGAGGAAUCUGUGCAGCUUCGGGAGAUGCUGAUCCAAGAGUUGGAGGAAGCGAAGGUGACGACACAGCGCAUGAAAGAUGAAGAGGAGGAAGAAAAAACGGCCCGCAAGCAGGAGCUGGAAGCUCAGGUUGAGGAACGGAGGAGGAAGGCGUUGGAAGAGUUGGAAUGGCAACAAAAGGAGGAAAACGAGGAGAGGCUGGCAGAGAGGCAGCAUGAAGAGAUGCUUCAACGUGAGGCUGAGCGGAUGAGACAACAAGGAUACGAGCCCAAGACUUGGCAUCGGCCACGAAUAGCCUGGACAUAACAAAGAAACUAAGAACCACAAAAGUAGUUGUCAAGUAAGUGGAUCAUUUAACAGAACAUUCAGCCCAACCAUUGAAGGGUUGGUGAUUGGUAGAAGCGAUAUUCAUACUGGGUGCAAUCUGGUCCAUAUCGUUCAUUAGGUUAAAAGCUAUGCCACCUCCUGGCUGUCUAGUGGUAAGGAGUUGGAUAAAUCAACCCUCCUUCUGACCAUGUUCUCGUUUUAGUUUGUUACAUUCAGUUAUUUUGAUGGCCAAAUAUUGGAAAAAUCAAAUCUACAACUGAAUUAAGUAGCAAUUGGUCACUUUCAGCAUGGAUGCAGGCUCUGGAGGCGAAGAGGAACCAAAUCCCCAGUGAAGCCCACAGUUUAGAUUUAAAAUAGACACAAAAUGCUGGACUAACUCAAUAGGACUGAAGAGAAGGAAUGGAUGUCUCAACCCAAAACGUCACCCAUUCCCUCUCCAGAGAUGCAGCCUGCCCAGCUGAGUUGCUCCAGCAUUUUGUCUCCAUUUUUGGUGUGAACCAGCAUUUGUAGUUCCAGUUUGGAUUUAAAUUUUGGAUUAUAGCAGGGAACUUUUACACAGCACUAAAUUGGAUCCAAUUUAUUUAACUUCUUGCAGUUAUUUCUGUGGAUUGUGUCAAUAAAGCAGGCCUACUUUGGCCAUUUGGUUUGGUUUAUCUUGUUGAACCAUGCAUUGUUAAAGGGAUUUAAAAUCAAUCACUGAGCUAUAGUUUUGAGUCCAAAUGCAGAUUGGGAAGGGAUUAAAUUGAGACUAACGUCUUUGUAAAAUACAGAGUGACUUGAAGUCUUAGCUCUAUGUACAUAGUAAUAGAUACUAAUAUUAUUUUGGUUGUCAUAAAUUUCUAUCUUUCCAGCUGGAUCUGUCUGAGCUAAUUUAAAUGUGAAUGCUAUCUCUAUUUAAUUUGCAGCAACUGCUAUUCACAGAUGCUUCACUAAUGCAAGGCUGUAACUGUUUAAUUUUCAGGCCAUUAAGGCCUCUAAUGGCAUUUACUUUAGCAUAUCUGUGCAACUGAUUAAUUGGUAUUCCCCGUGGCUCUGAUAUCCAGCACGGGUAGCCAGUGUCUCUUGUUUUUAGGCUGAAUUAUUAUUGAUGGUUGCAAUGUAAUGUUUGGCCUGUUCAUGUAAAGAAAGCCUUCCAGGCUCUAAAGCCUUUCUACAGCCUGAUGCUUUAAUCAUGAAACGUUAUAAUCAAUUUUAGGUUUAAUGUUUUUAUUUAUUAUUGUUUACUGCAUAAAUAAAACAUCUUGUAUCAGAUUGUGCAAUGGUUAUUUAUGGCUAAAUAUUAACGUGUAAUAUCAUAUCCCUCAUUUCUGUCCCCUCACUUCAUGCUAACUCUGUCAGGUUACGACCAGGUUAACAGCAGAACCAUGCUCAUUGUAGACAUGGGCACCUUGCUAUGCUGUUUGACUACUGAUAACAUUGAAGUCAAAUCUGAUCUUGGUCUUCAUUGACUUCCAUGACAGAUUUUCAGCCAUUUGAAAUAGGGAUUUCCACCCUAAAUGUUCAGUUCUAGGGCAGCACAGUGUCGCAGCUGGUAGAGCUGCUGCCUCUCAGUGCCAAUCUUGGGUUUCAUCUUGGCCUCGGGUGCUGUAAGUGUGGAGUUUGCAUGUUCUCUCUGUACCCAUGUGGGUUUUCUCUGGGUGCUUCAGUUUCCUCCAACAUCUCAAAGACGUGCAGGUUUGUAGGUCAAUUAGCCGCUAAAAAAUUGCCUCCGGUUCAUAGGGAGUGGAUGCAAAAGUGGGAUAAUAUAGAACUUGUGUGAACGGGCAGUCGAUGGUUGGACUCAGUGGGCCAAUUCAAUUCAAUCAGUCAAUUCUUCCUAAUCAAGAGAUGCUGUGGCUAACCUUGCCUGCUGCAAACUGUACAGAGCGAGAACCAAGGGUGUCAUAGUUUACAGGGAGAAGGCAGGAGAAUGAGGUGGGAAAAUAGAUCAGCCAUGAAUGAAUGGCAGAGCUGACUCAAUGGGUCAAGUCACCUCAUUCAGCUCCUAUGUCUUAGAAUCUUAUGAUUAAACAUGGUCAUUGCUGUCAAUAAGACUUGAUACACAAGCUGUACUUUACAUACAGCCAUUAAUGUAGCAAAAUCGUUGAUGUUUCACAUGCUCCCAUUAGAGUAGAAUGCCAGGCUGGAGCAGUAGACGUUAAAAAGCAAAAGGGCAUAAGUUAAGGGAGGCAAUUCCACACUUAGUACUGAAGAUCUAUUAGAUGUUGAACAGAUUAGAACUAUCAGAAACCAUAAGAUGAGAAUUACAAGAGAUAUGCUGUAUGAUCUGCCCAGUGACUCCAGCACUCUGUCUUUUUUUGCAAACCAUCACUUGCAUCAAUUGAUGUAUCCACCAAUGUACAAGUAUUGUUCACCCUCAGCAGUGCUCUUGUGUCAACUGGAGGAUGAUUCAUUGUGACCCUGGAAUUUUCUCUUCCAAAAAAGAGAGGUUGUGAUGGGUAAAGAACAUUCACACGUUUCAAAGGUCUUUUAUUGUCCCGUGUACCAAUUAAGGUACAGUGAUAUUCGAAUUACAAUACAGCCAUACUAAGAAAAGGCAACAAAACACACAACUACAUAAGAGUUAACAUAAACAUCCACCACAGCGGAUUCCCUACAUUCCUCACUGUGAUGGAAGGCAAUAAAGUCCAAUCUUCUUCCCUCUUAUCGAAGCCCCCGCAGCCAGCGGUCAAAGCCCCCGCAGCCUGCGGUUGAAGCUCCUGCGGUUUGGAGCUCCCGAAGUCAGCCCCUGUCCAAGGGACCCCCGAGCUCCAUGAUGGUAAGUCCCGCAAGCUCCUGCGGU